GUCAGCCAUAAUAUCCCCUUGUUGGGUCGGAUGUCAAUUUGGUUUGAUUUCUGCUGUAAAGCGCUAGCUUUCACUAGAGGUAGGUUUAACGUGCGAAGGCGUCUGUUGUUUACUCCUUUUUCCACAAGGAGGUUCUGACGCAAUGGCAAGACAUGGCACUUUCUAAGCGUAGUCCACAGCUCUUUGUGCGAACCUGCUCAUCUCCAGUUAAUUACAGAGAAAACAACCUUGUUUCUGCAAUCAACCCUCUUCAACAAAGAUGUGGAAAACAAACAUUUCUCUUUGGAUUCUUCUGCUGUAUCAAGCUGAUCAGACAAUGGUGAAAGGUGUGAGGAUAAUCAGUGUACAAAUGCAUAGUGAUGCUGAAGGUGAAAGAAGUAUUAAAGAGGGAAGCAAAAUCACCCUGACUUGCUCAAGAAAUACCGUGAUACCUCCUGGUCUAUCAUCUCAGGUUUUGUAUUUAUUUUAUAAGGGACAAAACAAAGAUAUCCUGCUGCAAAAUGUUACUUCUGAUGGGAAAGAUUCCCAGUAUACAAUACAAUCGGCUCGGGCAUCACAUUCCGGAUACUAUCGUUGUGUCAUGGAAGCAGGAAAUGAAAGGAAAGAAACUGAACCCACAUUUCUAACAGUGCAAGGAAACUUACAGGCGCCUGUACUCACCAUACAUCCAAUAAAUGUGACAGUGGGAGAUUCAACUGAGCUGCGCUGUACAUCUGAAGAAAUUCCUCCUCUUACAUUCAUAUUCUACAAAUAUAAAGAUGGACAAAAAUCAUACCGCUUCCAUGACAUAAAAAGCAAUAACAAUUUUUCAAUGUAUCAAAUGAAAGUGACAGCAGCUACAGAGAAAGCCUAUAGCUGUGCUGUCCAAGGGAUUGGUCCCCUGAGUGAAUCAAGGCACAGUGAAAUAGUACAAAUUAUUGUACAAGAUCCAUUUUCAGAUCCUGUUUUUGAAAUUGAACCGUCAGAUACAAUAUUUGAAGGAGAUAUUCUCACCAUUAAAUGCAAGGUUAAUUUUAUACCUUUGUUUCAUGGUAUACAACCUAAAUUAACCAUUGUGAAGGAUACAACUGCAAUACACAUAAAAGAUAAUGCUACCACAGUAUUUUCUAAAAGAGUAACUGCAAAUGAUGCAGGAGAAUACAAGUGCAUGGCAGAGUGGAAGGAUGUUUUGAAAAUUACAAUGAAACAAGUGAAUGUGACAGCUUCUUCUCAAAGUGCAGUACCAUUCCCAAAGGCCUGGAUUUUAGUUGGCACACUGCUGCUCUGUGUCAGCACCAUCUGCUCCAACUAACAAUCUGUGUUGGAUAUGCGUUUGAAGGGGUGCGAGAAUCAUCCACCACCGAUGCUGAGUGUAUUUCAAGGAUCAAUGCAUUGUUGCCGACUCUUGAAUGUGUGCAGUGCUAUAACUUGGAGGCGUUUUCCCAUUGCAGUGUGGGAAAUCAUGUGCUGCCACAGGAAUUACAAUUGGUGGACAUCAAGUAUCUAAGUUUUAAAAAAUCAUGUUCAGAAGGACUGCAGUGGGACAGCAAGAACAUCCUGCUUUUGUGAUGUGGUCACAGAAACACCUUCCGUUUGCAAAUAUCUUCUCGGGAUGAAAAGCUGCAGCUCUCAAAUUUUUUGCAAUCAAAAGUUCCUUAAUAAUGUUUAACUCAUUAUAUUUUUAUAUUAAUGCUUUUGGAUAUGUAUUUUACAAAUUCCUAUGAAGUUUUUGAGAUACUUUGAGAAAUUUUAUUACUUUUCAUUACUUUUAGGCAACAAUAUAGCACUUAGAAAUAUGGAAAUGAGAGAAAAUAUUAAACAUUUCAGUGUACCCUCUGAAGGGAAUGGCAUCUUUCAGGAGAAUGUAGACCACCUUUGUAAUCGCGCAAGUGUGGCACACCAGGCGAUGUUGACAUGAUAGGAUUGGCAUGUAGAUAAAGCCCAGGCACAGGGAGAACAAUAAACAAGUAAUUUAUCACAUUUCAAAUCAUAUGGUUUAUGGCUUCAAAACCCCUGAUGGGGGGUGGGUGGGGGUGGUAUGGUGGACUUAGCUUCAUCAACACAAGAUUGCAAUAUCAAACCUCUGCCCACCCUAGCCCCAGGUGAGAGAUGCUGGUCGAGAUUCUCAUCCAUGUUCCCACACAACAUCAGGCUGGAUCACAGUGGAGGAUGAGGGAUAAUUUUGAUAGUGAAGUCUAUUGCCUACUCCUCAGCCCAACUGGGAUUUCCCUCCCUGGUCUUGCCAUAACCACUCCUUCCCUGCCUGCCUCAAAUGAAUAAAUAAAGCAUCAAACAGCCCGAAUCCCUGAAGUUUUACCCUCUCAUUUGUUGCUGCUUCUUGAGCCACUAAGUGGAAGGUGAUAGAGGCUGUGGAAGCAAAGCUCCCCCAUUGGAGGGAAGGGCCUUGCAGUGGCCUCCUCUCUCUCGAAGUCAGGCCCAGCACUCUUUUGCUGAAGUAAAGAUUUGAAGCUUUUGGUAACAGGUCUCAUGCCAGCACUCAACUGAUGUGAGUUCCUUUGAGGCCAGUAGAAGACGCAGGGCAGAAUUCCCAGGGCUGGCAGGGAACUCCUCCUUCCACAUCCAUGCUACUGGGGAGAGAACAAUCUGUGUUUGGUUCCCAUAUUGAAAAAAGUCCAUAGUUAAAUAGACAGGAUGGGCUACAGGUGCAAUCUGGUUCUGUCCUAUUCUCUCUUGACUGUAAUGGAGCUUGACAAUAAUUUCAAAAUCAUUUCCCCACUGGCAAAUCCUUCCAUGCCACUGCCUCUUCUUUACAGCCCACUUCCACCAGGACAAUGCAAGGGAUGGUAGCAUUGUGACUAUAUCACUGGAUGAGUAAUCCAGAGACCUGGACAGAGACAUCCAGCCACAAGUUCAAAUCCCAUUAUAGCAACUGGAGAAUUUCAAUUUAAUUAAUAAAUAAAUCUGGAAUAAAAAGUCAGAAUCAGUAAUGGUGACCGGCUAAUUACCAGAUUGUUGUAAAAGAUCUUCUGAUUCACUAGUUCCUUUUAGGGAAGGAAAUCUGCAGCCUGUACAUGACACAAGGCCCAUAGCAAUGUAAUUGGCUCUUAACUGCCUUUUGAAGUGGCCCAGCAAGCCAUUCAGCUAAGGAAUGGGCAAUCAAUGCUGGCCUUGUCAGCCAUGUCCACAUCCCAUGAAUGAAUACCUGUCAAGGUAACCCAGCCACCUCUGCAAUAUACUCUAAUUCUAGCUUGCAUACUUCAGUAUUCCAACCAGGCCUACUGUGUGUCACCUUGCAUCACAAUCUUGCAGAUUUCAAUUCCUGUUUGCCUUACCACACUGCUCCGCAUCUUCAAAAGCUAUAUGUGAACCAUACAUUAGUUACUUAUCCUGGCCCCAAGUUACAGGUUGCCUUUCCUAAUACUUUUGAAAUGGAAGGCAAAGCUUUGCUGUUUUAAACUGGUUAUACAAAUCGUUCUACUUUCUCCAUUUCAAGAUGUGUAGCUUUGAAUAAGAAAAAAUAAAAUAAGUCUUCUAUAUUUU